AUGGAGCGCACUGGGGCCAAGGCCUACUGGGACCAUGAAGUGGAAAAAGCAACCAAAGAACUCAGGACACCCAAACUCACCAAAGCCAUUAUCAGGUGCUACUGGAGAUCAUAUGCAGUACUGGGAGUGUUCACUCUUAUAGAGGAGGUGAUUAAAGUGAUUCAACCAGUGUUUUUGGGGAAACUCAUUCAGUAUUUUGAGAGAAAUGAGCCCGAUAACAUGGCAGCGUUGUAUGAAGCUUAUGGAUAUGCAGCAGGCGUCUCUCUCUCCACUCUGGGUCUGGCGUUACUCCACCACCUCUACUUUUACCACGUCCAAAGAGCUGGAAUGAAAAUCCGCAUUGCAAUGUGUCACAUGAUCUACAGAAAGGCACUGUGCCUUAGUGCCACAGCUAUGGGCCAGACAACUACUGGGCAGAUUGUUAACCUUUUGUCGAAUGACGUCAGCAAGUUCGAUGAGGUAGGAAAUUUCCAUAACUUCUUUGUCUUCCUCUUAAGUGUUACAGUCACCGGCUGUCCAUUUCCUGUUUUUGAAGCAGGUCACUCACAGGGUUUUUUUGACAUGGAGCUGCUUCCUGAUGGGGAUUUGACUGUGAUCGGAGACCGAGGAGCAACCCUCAGUGGCGGACAGAAAGCUAGAGUCAACCUGGCUAGGGCUGUGUAUCAGGAUGCUGAUGUUAAGAGCACUGAUUGUCCUUGCAGGUGUAUUUGUGGUAUUCUGAAGGAAAAGCCUAGGAUCUUGGUUACUCACCAGCUGCAGUACCUGAAGGCUGCAGAUCAGAUCCUGGUUUUGAAGGAGGGACACAUGGUGGCACGUGGCACAUACUCCGAGCUGCAGCGAUCAGGAGUGGAUUUCACCUCUCUGCUGAAGAAGGACGAGGAAGAGGAAGGUGAAAAGGGAGAGGCUCCUCGCUCCCCCCGCAGCCGCACCCUCUCCCAGAACUCCGUCCGUUCUCACUCUUCAUCUGUUCUGUCUGUUAAAGAUGAGUCCGAUCAGCUUCCGGCGGAGCCUGUGCAUACCAUGGCCGAGGAGACGCGCACUGAGGGGACCAUCGGCCUUCGCAUGUACUGGAAAUAUUUCAGAGCUGGAGCCAACGUCAUUAUGCUGAUUUCGUUUGUUCUCCUCAACUUGCUGGCACAGGCUUUUUAUAUUCUUCAUGACUGGUGGCUUUCAUACUGGGCAAACAGCAGCACACCUGGGCUCUGUGUCAUUGAGACUAAUUGUUCUCUGAAUGACUUUUCCCUUGUCAUUUCAGGAAGAAUCCUCAACCGGUUCUCCAAAGACAUCGGCCACCUUGAUUCCUUACUUCCGUGGACAUUUGUGGAUUUUAUCCAGGUGUUUCUGCAAAUCAUUGGAGUCAUUGCUGUGGCGUCUUCUGUCAUCCCUUGGAUUCUGAUUCCUGUUCUUCCUCUGUUGAUCAGCUUCCUGUUUCUACGCCGCUACUUCCUGCGGACAUCACGAGACGUCAAGCGGAUUGAAUCCACUUCUCGAAGUCCUGUAUUCUCCCAUCUGUCAUCCUCACUGCAAGGCCUCUGCACCAUUCGUGCCUUUAAAGCUGAGGAAAGGUUUCAGCAAACGUUUGAUGCUCAUCAAGAUCUGCACUCGGAGGCCUGGUUCCUGUUCUUGACCACUUCACGCUGGUUUGCAGUGCGUUUGGAUGGAAUGUGUUCGGUGUUUGUGACCAUCACAGCCUUUGGAUGUCUUCUUCUUAAAGACAGUGAGAUAUCCAUAGCAUGCACACUACUUACCAGAACACAGUUCUUAAGGAGUUUUUACAGUGAUAGUGCACUGAAUGCUGAGUACUGGGACAACUCAGGCUGCACUUGGAGGAGAAAUAUUAUGCAUGCAUUCUAUACAUUUCAGAAAUAUCUGUGAAA